UGGAGCCAACAACCAUCGAAGAAAGCGAUACAGUUGUCUAGCCAGUUUACUUCAAAACUGUUUUAUCACGCCAUUCCGUAUCUAGUGGUUUUAGAGUAUGUAUGAAUAAACAGUAUUGAUGUAGGUGUUAAAGCUAGGUAAACCAUUAAACACGUGGAGUUGCAUUAAGUUAUUACCUGACGGAAGCUGACGACAAACAUCAGCGGCUGGUUCGUUGGCCAUGGCGGACCCAGAGACGCCCCGCUCGGGCAAGUCCUCGGGCAAGUCCAAGCGCUCCAGCUCUGGUAAGAGCAAAAAGGCCAAGAAUCAGAGCAUCACGCCUGCUCCUGGGGAGAGCCUGCCUGAAGACAAGGAGAUUCAGCCUGGAGAGGAGAUUCAAGAGGAAAGCAGCCAAGGAACGGCUGUGACCAUAGAAGAGGUGGACACGUACACCGUGGGCCUGAGGAUGCUGUUGAAAAACCGUGUGGCUCUGACUGGCAUGUCGAAGCUGCCUUGGUCAGAGGAGAACGAGAAAGCCCUGGAUAAGUUCAUCUUGGACAGCUCCAACAGGACCCUCGUGGUCUACCCAGACCCCUACGCUGGCCUCCGGGUGGAGUACGCCAUGCCGUCUCAGGUGGUAGACCAGCUGGCCUUCUUCGUCCGCUCUGAUGGCGGUCUGAUCCUUGAGGAGACGUUUGAGAGCACGGUGCAGUUUGGUACGGUGCGGGGCAACGCCACCGAGAGCCUGCUGAGGAUGAUGAACGGAGUGCACGCCCCCCAGGUCACCCUCAGCACCGCCUGGCCCGAGAGCAUCAAGAACAACUACUCCGCCCACAUGCAUCGCUUCCUCACAAACCUCACAGACACCAGGUUCAAGCUGGUGGGCAACACAGUGCUUUAUAUCCCUAUGGAGGCCCUGCAGCGUAGCCCGGAGGUGGCCAGCAAGGACAAGGAGCUGGUGCAGAGACUGGAGAUGGUGAUGAUCCACUGGACCCGUCAGAUCAAGGAGGUGCUGAAUGCUCAGGAGACGGUAGAGACGGGGGACAGCUCUGGACCCCUGGAGGAGAUCUCCUUCUGGAGGAGUCGCUGUGCCGACCUCUCUGGGAUCAGCCAGCAGUUGCAGAAGCCCGGGGUCCGUCACGUCCAGACCACACUGCAGCUCUCCAAGUCCUCCUACGUACCCCCCUUCUGCAAGCUGGCCAAGCAGAUCCAGGAUGGCUCUCUCCAAGCCCAGUCCAACCUGUCCUUCCUGUCCCUGCUGAGGGAGCCAUGUGAGGAGAUGGCUCAGCUCAAGCCCAGAGAGGUGGUUCCCAAGCUGGCUCACAUCCUCAACCUCAUCCGCCUCAUCUGGGUCAACUCUGUCUACUACAACACCCGCGAGAGACUCACCGCUCUCUUCAGAAAGAUGAGUAAUGAGAUUAUCCGGCUGUGCUGCAGAGAUAUCUCCCUGGACAGGAUCUUUCAAGGCUAUGUGGUGUCCAGCAAGCAGACCCUCAACGACUGCAUUCAGUGCUGCCUGGCCUGGAAGGAGCUUUACCUGCACGCCUCACAGCUGCACCAUAAGUACUCUUCUAAAGGCUGGGUCCUGGACCAGACCAGCAUCUUUGCAUUGGUCGAUGCCUUUAUACAGAGGUGCAAAGACCUGCUGGAGGUGUGUGACUGCCAGCAGCAGUUUGCCAGGCGGGAGGAGGGCGAGCAGAUACCCCUGCCCUGCUUCGCCGGACGCCAAGGGGCGGAGGUGACCCGCAGCCUGCUGGAGAUGGAGUCCACGUUCGGACGCAGCCUGCUGAUCCUCCAACACGUCCGCAAGGGCAUCCUGGACGUAAAGAACACCUCCUGGCACGACGACUACAACAGGUUCCGUGCGGGAGUGAAGGACCUGGAGGUGAUGAUGCAGAACCUGAUCAGCACGGCGUUUGAGACGGUCAACACCGUGGAGGAGGGCGUUCAGCUGCUAGACGUCUUCCAGCACCUGUCUGCCCGCGAGGCCAUCAAGAGGACCAUAGACAGGAAGACGGUAGAUGUCUAUGGUCUUUUUAAUAAGGAACUCAACCUGGUCAACAAGGAGCUGAGUAAAAAGGUGUUCCACACCCCUGCCCACAUGCCCCUCAACGCUGGACAGGCCCACUGGGCUAGAGCCCUGCGGCGACGCAUAGAGAGACCCAUGGAGGUGGUACAGUGUGCCCACUUCCUGCCCCACAUCGGCAGUGGAGAGGAGGUGCGUCUGGCGUACAGCCAGCUGGUCCAGACCCUGGAUGAGUUGGUCCGGAGGGUCUUCUCUGAGUGGAGUCAGUCUCUGGACAGACAGAGUCUCAAGAGGCUGAACCAGCCACUCAUGAUGCGCUGCAAGGAGAAACAGGGCAUGCUGGACAUCAACUUCGACAAGAACAUGCUGAAGAUGUUCAAUGAGAUCCACUACUGGGAGCGUCUGCUGUUCGAGAUCCCCCACUACGUCUCUGACGUCUACCAGAGGAGAGAGGAGCUCCGCAGCAUGAGGGAGAGUGUGCUGCUGGUGGUACGAGACUACAACCGGGUCAUCGCGUCGCUGUCUGCUGAAGAGCUGGGUUUGUUCCGGGAGCGAAUCCGUUUCCUGGACAAGAAGAUCCAGCCAGGUCUCUCCAAGCUCCUCUGGUCCUCUAAAGGAGCGUCCAGCUUCUUCAUCAAAGACUGCAGGCUGCACGCCAGCAAGAUCCAGCUCAUCGUGGAUGAGUACAAGGCAGCCAACCUGGCCAUCUCCCGCCAGUGUGGUCUGAUCAGUGAGCUGCUGCUUGUGCGUGUGGAUGGGAAGACAGUGUACAGGGACCUGGAGUUUGAGGGGGACCAGCAGGCCCACCAGCAAGCCCAGCUCCAGCGGCUCCACUCAGCACACCAGGACAUCAUAGCCAUCAUGUCCCGGGUCUACGAGACCUUCCGCACAGACGGACCAGAGGUCCAGCAGCACUGGGUUGUGUACACGGAGAAGAUGGACGGCUUGGUGGAGGAGGCUCUCCGUCUCAACAUCAAGUGGUCCUUACAGGAGCUGUCCAAGGCCAUCAACGGAGACAGCAAGACUUCCCCCAACCCCCUCUUCAGGGUGCAGGUGGUACUACGCCACGAGGGCCCCGGGGCCACCUCACAGGUGGAGUUCUCCCCCACUCUACAGAAACUGGCUCAGAUCGUGAACAACAUCAGUUGUCAGCUGAUCGGCACCAUCUCUGUGUUCAAACGCCUCCCGGACCUCCUCACACGCAGACACUCACAGAGGAAACCUGUACGCUGCAUCAUAGAACAAGAUGAGGAGAUCGGUAAGAUUCAGGCAGCGGUAGCAGCAGGAAUGACGGCCAACGCAGGCCACCUGCAGGCUUACCUGAAGACCUGGGACAAACACAGAGAGAUCUGGGAGAUCAACAAGGACCCCUUCAUCAGGAGAUACCAGCGUCUCAACCCCCCCGUGUCCUCCUUCGACGCCGACAUCGCCAGGUACACGGAGGUGGCCAACAAUGUUCAGAAGGAGGAGACGGUGUUGAGUGUUCAGUUUGUGCUGCUGGACUGUGCUCCCCUGAAGUUCAGCCUGGUGCAGCACUGUAACGAGUGGCAGGGCAAGUUCACCCAGCUGCUCAGCCUCAUGGCCAGCACCAGGCUCAAAGAGCUGCACGUCUUUCUGCAGGAGAACGCUCUCAGGCUGAGCCAGCCCCCUCAGUCCCUGGUGGAGCUGGGGGAGAGUCUGAAGCUCCUGGAGACACUACAGGGAGACCUUCAGAAGAUUGAGAGUCAGAUCCCUCCCAUCCACGAACAGUUUGCUAUCCUGGAGAAGUACGAGGUCACCGUGGACCAGGCUGUCCAUGAGAUGUUGGAGGCUCUGAACGGGGAGUGGGUGUGGUUCCAACAGGUGGUGAUAGACAGUGACAUCAUGCUGAAGAAACACAAGGACAAGUUCAAGGGCAGCCUCAUCUUCUCAGCAGAGGAGUUUAAGAAGAAAAUGCAGAUUACUGUCCAGACCUUCAGCAGCUCAGGUCCGUUUGGUAGUGGGGUGACGUGCGAGUUGGCUCUGGAGAAGGUAGCAGCGCUGAGAGGCCAGCUGGACACGCUGAAGGAGGAGGAGGGAACCAUACGCCACGGCCUGGGCAUCUUCAAGCUUGAACAGCCGUGCUCUAAAGACGUACAGACCCUGGAGAAGGACCUAGACUACCUGCAGCAGGUGUGGGAGAUCACCCAGCAGUGGGAUGCCCACUGGGAUGAGUGGAAGGCGGGUCAGUUUGUCACUCUGCAGACAGAGAGCAUGGAGAACACCGCCCAGGCCAUGUUCAAGAAACUACACAAACUCAGCAGGGAACUCAAGGAUAAGCAGUGGGAGAUAGUGGACUUCUCUAAGAACAGGAUUGACCAGUUCAAGAGAACCAUCCCUCUCAUCUCUGACCUGAGGAACCCAGCCAUGAGGGACAGGCACUGGAAGCAGAUCUGCCACGAGGUUCAGCGGUCGUUUGACCACACCAGUCCAGAAUUCACCCUGGAGAGGAUCGUGGCCCUGGGCCUCGAGCAGCACGCUGACAAGAUCUCGGAGAUAUCCGGAGCCGCCAGCAAAGAGCUCUCCAUAGAACAGUCGCUGGAGGGCAUCGCCAUGACAUGGGAAGAGACUUCCCUGGACAUCGCACCUUACAAAGACAAGGGCCACCACAGGCUGAGGGGUACAGAGGAAGUGUUCCAGACCCUGGAGGACAACCAGGUGACCCUCUCCACCAUGAAGGCGUCCAGGUUCGUCAGGGCCUUUGAGAAGGAAGUGGACCACUGGGAACGCUGUCUCUCUCUGGUGCUGGAGGUCACAGAGGUGGUCCUCACUGUCCAGAGGCAGUGGAUGUACCUGGAGAACAUCUUCCUGGGCGAGGACAUUCGUAAGCAGCUUCCAAGAGAGUCCACAGAGUUUGAUGACAUCAACAGCAGCUGGAAGACCAUCAUGGAUCGACUGAACAAGGACAACAACGCCCUGAGGGGAACACACCACCCAGGCCUGCCGGAAAAGCUGUCUGAGAUGAACAACAAGCUGGAGGAGAUCCAGAAGUCUCUGGACAUGUACCUGGAGACCAAGCGCCAAAUCUUCCCUCGCUUCUACUUCCUGUCCAACGACGACCUGCUAGAGAUCCUGGGCCAGUCCCGCCACCCCGAGGCCGUGCAGCCGCACCUCAAGAAGUGCUUCGACAACAUCAAGAGCCUUCGCAUGGGAAAGGUUGGGAUCAGCAGUGCUAAGUCUGAGGCCAGCGGGAUGUUCUCAGCGGAGGGAGAGUUUGUGGAGUUCAGUCACCCUGUGCUGCUGGAGGGCCCUGUGGAGGCCUGGCUGUGUGACGUGGAGAGGACCAUGCGCUGGACAUUGAAGGACUCUCUGAAGAACUGUCGCCUGGCCCUGAAGAAGAUGACUGGGAAGAGAGACAAAUGGGUCAAAGACUGGCCUGGACAGAUGCUGAUCACAGCCAGUCAGAUCCAGUGGACCGCUGACGUCACCAAGUCUCUGAUCACCGGCAAGGAGAGGGCCGACAAGUCUGCCCUCAAGUCCUUGAAGAAGAAACAGGUGUCCAUGCUGCACCGUUACUCUGACGCCAUCCGGGGGAACCUGUCUAAGAUCCUGCGGCUGAAGAUCGUUGCGCUGGUCACCGUGGAGGUGCACGACCGCGACGUCAUCGACAAGCUGGCUAAGACGGGCUGCAACGACGUCAAUGCCUUCGACUGGCUCUGCCAGCUCCGCCUCUACUGGGAGAAGGAAGUGGAUGACUGUAUCAUCAGGCAGACCAACACACACUUCCAGUACAGCUAUGAGUACCUGGGUAACUCUGGACGACUGGUCAUCACCCCACUCACUGACAGGUGUUAUAUGACCCUGACCACAGCCCUCCACCUCCACCGGGGGGGCUCUCCUAAAGGCCCAGCAGGGACAGAGACUGAGACGGUCAAGGACCUGGGCAAGGCUAUGGGCAUGUACGUCAUCGUGGUCAACUGCUCCGAUGGAAUGGACUUCAAGUCCAUGGGACGUAUGUACUCUGGACUGGCUCAGACGGGUGCGUGGGGCUGUUUUGAUGAGUUUAACCGUAUCAACAUUGAGGUGUUGUCAGUGGUGGCUCAGCAGAUCCUGUCCAUUCUGUCUGCUCUGUCUGCUGGAGUCACCAGCUUCAUCUUCGAAGGACGAGAGAUCCGCCUGGUCUGGUCCUGUGGCAUCUUCAUCACCAUGAACCCUGGCUAUGCCGGUCGUACAGAGCUGCCUGACAACUUGAAGUCCAUGUUCAGGCCUAUCUCCAUGGUGGUACCAGACUCCACCCUCAUCGCUGAGAUCACCCUGUUCGGAGAGGGAUUCAACAACUGCAAGCUGCUGGCUAAGAAGGUAUUCACCCUGUACUCUCUGGCAGUGCAGCAGCUGUCGAAACAAGACCACUAUGACUUUGGCUUGCGUGCCCUGACCUCGCUGCUCCGCUACGCUGGCAAGAAGAGACGUGUCUGCCCCGACGUGGCCGACGAGGAGAUCCUGCUGAUGUCUAUGAAAGACAUGAACAUCGCGAAGCUGGCCUCCGUCGACCUGCCGCUGUUCAACGGAAUCAUACAGGACCUUUUCCCCCGCGUGGAGACCCCUACUAUCGACUACGGAAAGCUGCGAGAGACGAUCGAGGCGGAGCUGCGGCAGGCCUGUCUGCAGGUGACCCCCUUCACCCUGACGAAGGUCAUCCAGCUGUACGAGACCAAGAACUCCAGACACUCCACCAUGAUCGUGGGCAAGACGGGCAGCGGCAAGACGGUCACCUGGAGGACCCUGCAGAGCACCCUGACGACCAUGCACCGCAAGGGAGAGCCCGGGUUCAACCUGGUCCGGGAAUGCCCUCUGAACCCCAAGGCGGUGAGCCUCGGGGAGCUGUAUGGUGAAUACGACCUGUCCACCAACGAGUGGACCGACGGGGUGCUCUCCUCCCUCAUGAGAGGGGCCUGCGCAGAUGAGAAGCCUGAUGAGAAGUGGAUCAUUUUUGACGGCCCGGUGGACACUCUGUGGAUCGAGAGCAUGAACUCUGUCAUGGACGACAACAAGGUUCUCACUCUCAUCAACGGAGAGAGAAUCUCCAUGCCAGAACAGGUGUCUCUGUUGUUUGAGUGUGAGGACCUGUCCCAGGCUUCCCCAGCCACGGUUUCUCGCUGUGGGAUGGUCUACAACGACUGCUCAGACCUGGGCUGGAAGCCCUACGUCCAGUCCUGGAUGGACAAACGACAGAAGGUUGAAGUGGACUACCUGAAGCGGUUGUUUGAUAGGUACACAGAGAAGACCAUAGCGUUCAGGAGGCGCAGCUGUAAGGAGCUGGUGGCCAUCACCGAUCUCAAUGGAGUCUCCUCCCUCUGCCGCCUCUACGACUCACUGGCCACACCCGACAACGGGGUGAACCCCUCUGACUCUGACCACUACGGUCGUAUGGUUGAGUUGUGGUUCAUCUUCAGUCUCAUCUGGUCCAUCUGUGCCUCGGUUGACGAGGGCGGUCGUAAGACGAUCGACAACUUCCUCAGGGAGAUGGAGGGUACCUUCCCCAAUAAGGACACCAUCUAUGAGUACUAUGUGGACACGAAGAACAAGACCUGGGCCUCCUUUGAGGACAAGCUGCUCAAGGGCUGGCGCUACCCCGCCAAUGCUCCGUUCUACAAGAUCAUGGUUCCCACGGUGGACACGGUGCGUUACAACUUCCUGGUGCGUGCUCUGGUGACGGGGCAGUACCCGGUGUUGAUGACGGGUCCGGUGGGCACGGGGAAGACCUCGGUGGCACAGAGUGUUCUGCAGGGACUGGACUCCUCCAAGUGGGCGGUCCUCACUGUCAACAUGUCCUCGCAGUCUUCUACUGUUCACUCUGUGAACCCCUCUCUGGCUCAGUCAGUCUUCUGCUACCACGUCAACAACGUACAGGCCAUCAUUGAGAGUCGUGUGGAGAAGAGGACUAAAGGUGUAUAUGUGCCUGUGGGCGGUAAGCGCAUGCUGGCCUUCCUGGACGACCUGAACAUGCCGGCCAAUGACGACUUUGGCUCCCAGCCUCCCCUGGAGCUGCUCCGCCUCUGGAUCGACUACGGCUUCUGGUACGACCGGCAGAAACAGACCCUCAAGUGUGUCAAGGUGAGAUGAGAGGGGUGGGGGGUACGUGUGUCGGGGGGGGGACGACUCGUUAUUACUAAGAACUUAGCCGCCUGCAGAGGCCGCUUCAACCUCAUCAACAUGACCUUCCCUACUGAGUCUCAGAUCAAGCGUAUCUAUGGUACUAUGAUCAACCAGAAGCUGCAGGAGUUUGAGGAGGAGGUGAAGCCUAUAGGUUCUGUCCUGACUCAGGCCACCUUGGAGCUCUACUACUCUACCGUCGCCCGCUUCCUGCCCACGCCCGCCAAGAUACACUACCUCUUCAACCUCAGAGACAUCUCCAGGGUGUUCCAGGGUUUACUGCGAGCUCACAGAGACUUCCACGACACCAAGCAGAGCAUCACCAGACUGUGGAUACACGAGUGCUUCAGGGUGUUCUCAGACCGUCUGGUGGACCAGAGUGACACAGAGGCCUUCGUAGGGCUGCUGGCUGAGAAACUAGGCUCUCUGUUUGAACUCACCUACCACAGCAUCUGCCCCAACAAACAACCACCCAUAUUCGGGGACUUCCUGAAGGAGCAUCGUGUGUAUGAGGAUCUAGUGGACUUGAAGACGUUGAAGGGUUUCAUGGAGUCUCAGCUGGAGGACUACAACCUGACCCCUGGAGUGGUACCCAUGUCCCUGGUGCUGUUCAGGGACGCCGUAGAACACAUAACCCGUGUGGUGCGUGUGAUCAGCCAGCCCAGAGGGAACAUGCUGCUGGUGGGCAUCGGGGGCUCAGGCAGACAGAGUCUUUCCAAGAUGGCCGCCUCCAUCUGUGAGUACCUGGUCUUCCAGGUGGAAGUCACCAAGCAGUACCGCAAGCAGGAGUUCAGAGAGGACAUAAAGAAGUUGUAUCGUCUGACGGGUGUGGACAACAAGCCCACCGUGUUCCUGUUCAACGACACCCAGAUAGUAGACCAAUCUUUCCUGGAGGACAUCAACAACAUCCUCAGCUCUGGAGAGGUGCCCAACCUCUACAAACAGGACGAGUUUGAAGAGGUGUCCAGUGCUCUGUCGGACUGGGCCAGGAAAGACAACAUCAUUGAGACUCCAGACUCCAUGUUCAACUACCUGAUAGAGAGAGUGAGGAACAACCUGCACAUCGUGCUCUGCAUGAGCCCUGUGGGAGACCCCUUCAGGAACUAUAUCCGUCAGUACCCAGCCCUGGUGAACUGUGCCACCAUCGACUGGUUCUCAGAGUGGCCCAGAGAUGCCCUGUUGGAGGUGGCUGAGAGAUACCUGGAUGGACUGGCCCUGGGCACCGUGGAGGGGAUCCAGACCAAAGUGGCCAGUAUCUUUGUGACCAUGCACCAGUCUGUGGCCCAGUUCUCCCAGAGGAUGAAGCUGGAGCUGAAGAGACACAACUAUGUCACUCCUACCAACUACCUGGAGCUGGUGUCUGGAUACAAAAAGCUGCUGGCUGAGAAGCGCAGUGAGCUGGGGGAACAGGUGACCAAGCUGAGGAACGGCCUGUUUAAGAUAGACGACACUCGCAGCAAGGUGGAGGCCAUGUCUGUGGAGCUGGAAGAGGCCAAGAAGAAGGUGGCUGACUUCCAGAAGCAGUGUGAGGAGUACCUGGUCAUCAUCGUCCAGCAGAAGAGAGAGGCCGAUGAACAGCAGAAGACUGUGAGUGCCCACAGUGAGAAGAUCGGAGCAGAAGAGAUCAAGUGUAGGGCCAUGGCUGAGAAUGCCCAGAGAGACCUGGAUGAAGCCGUGCCUGCUCUGGAGGAGGCCAUGAAGGCAUUGGAGUCCCUGAAUAAGAAGGACAUGACAGAGAUCAAGUCGUACGGCCGUCCCCCGACCCUGGUGGAGACCGUCAUGCAGGCUGUUAUGAUCCUCAGAGGCAAUGAGCCCACCUGGGCAGAGGCCAAGAGACAGCUGGGCGAGGGCAACUUCAUCAAGCAGCUGGUCCACUUUGACAAGGACAACAUCUCAGACCGCGUACUGAAGAAGAUCGGCCAGUACUGCACCCAGCCAGACUUUCAUCCAGAGAUCAUAGGACGGGUCUCCCUGGCCGCCAAGUCUCUCUGUAUGUGGGUCAGAGCCAUGGAGGUGUAUGGUCGUAUCUUCAGGGUGGUGGAGCCUAAGAGAGCCAGGCUGAACGGGGCCAUGUCCCAGCUGGCAGAGAAACAGGCUUCCCUGGCAGAGGCCCAGGCGAAACUCAUUGAGGUAGGGGAGAAGCUGGACCUGUUGAAGAGGCAGUAUGAUGAGAAGCUGGCUCAGAAGGAGGAGUUGAGGAGGAAGUCAGAGGACAUGGAGGUCAAACUGGACCGGGCCGGGAAACUGGUGUCUGGACUGGCUGGAGAGAGAAUCCGCUGGGAGGAGACUGUGGUGGGUUUGGAGACAAACAUGGGUUUUCUGGUAGGAGACUGUCUGCUGGCUGCAGCCUUCCUCUCCUACAUGGGGCCUUUCCUCUCCAACUACAGAGACCAGCUGGUCUCUAUCUGGAUGAAACAGGUGCGUGAGUUGGAGGUGCCGUGUUCUCCAGGUUUUAGUUUCGCUGUGUUCCUGUCCAAGCCCACGGCCGUAAGGGACUGGAACAUCCAGGGUCUGCCCUCCGAUGCCUUCUCCACCGAAAACGGUGUCAUCGUCACCCGUGGCAACCGAUGGCCGCUGAUGGUGGACCCACAAGGCCAAGCCCUGAAGUGGAUCAAAAAUAUGGAGAUGAAGCGGGGUCUGAAAGUGAUAGACCUUCAGAUGCCAGACUUCCUGCGUAUCUUGGAGAAUGCGGUCCAGUUUGGUUCUCCAGUUCUGCUGCAGAACGUCCAGGAGGAACUGGAUCCCUCGCUGGCCCCCAUCCUCAACAAGUCUCUCACACACGUCGGUGGAAGGCUCCUGAUGAAGUUAGGUGAUAAAGAGGUGGAGUACAGCCCAGAGUUCAGAUUCUACAUCACCACCAAGCUGUCCAACCCUCACUACACCCCCGAGAUCUCCACCAAGACCACCAUCGUCAAUUUUGCUGUCAAGGAGCAGGGCCUGGAGGCUCAGCUCCUAGGGAUCGUGGUGAGGAAGGAGCGUCCAGAGUUAGAGGAGCAGAAAGACUCUCUAGUCAUCAACAUCGCCUCUGGCAAGAGGAAACUACAGGAGCUGGAGGACGAGAUCCUCAGGCUGUUGAACGAGGCAACGGGUUCUCUCCUGGAUGAUGUUCAGCUGGUGAACACCCUGCAGACAUCUAAAGUGACGGCCACAGAGGUCUCAGAACAACUGGAGACCAGCGAACUGACUGAGAUCAAGAUCGACACGGCCAGAGAGGCGUACCGUCCUUGUGCCCAGCGGGCCUCUAUCCUGUUCUUUGUAUUAAACGAUAUGGGCCGUAUCGACCCCAUGUACCAGUUCAGUCUGGAUGCCUACAUAGACCUGUUCAACCUCAGCAUAGAGAAGAGUCAGCGCUCACACAAACUGGACGAGAGGAUCGCCAACCUCAACGACUACCACACAUACGCUGUCUACAGGUACACGUGUCGUGGUCUGUUUGAGGUCCACAAGCUGCUCUUCAGUUUCCAGAUUUGUGCCAAGAUCCUGGAGGUGGCUGGUAAACUCAACAUGGACGAAUACAGCUUCUUCCUCAGGGGAGGAUUGUCCACCCUCCCCACACCAGGUGAGUGGGAGAAUGGUUGUAAUGAACUCCAGAGGAUGUUGAUCGUGCGCUCGCUGCGGCAGGACCGUGUCGCCUUCUGCGUCGCCGCCUUCAUCAUCAACAACCUGGGAUCACGUUUCGUGGAGCCGCCCGUACUCGACAUGAAGGCUGUGGUGGAGGACUCGACCACUAAGACUCCCCUGAUAUUCGUGUUGUCUCCGGGGGUGGACCCUACAGGAGCCCUGCUACAGCUGGCUGAGGCCUCAGGGAUGAACAGGAAAUUCCAUGCCCUCUCCCUGGGCCAGGGUCAAGCCCCCAUUGCCACACGCAUGAUCAAAGAGGGAGUGAAGAGCGGUCACUGGGUGUUCCUGGCUAACUGCCACCUGUGUCUGUCCUGGAUGCCCCAGCUGGAUAAGUUAGUGGAACAGCUGCAGGUGGAGGAGCCCCAUCCUGACUUCAGACUGUGGCUCAGCUCCUCUCCUCACCCUGACUUCCCCAUCGCUAUCCUGCAGGCCGGCAUCAAGAUGACCACCGAACCGCCUCGGGGUGUGAAGUCCAAUAUGAAACGCCUGUACCAGCUGGUGACAGAGGGUCAGUUCACACGCUGUGCCCGGCCUGUGCUCUACAGGAAGCUGCUCUUCGCUCUCUGUUUCUUCCACAGCAUCCUCCUAGAGAGGAAGAAGUUCCUACAGCUGGGCUGGAACAUUAUCUACGGCUUCAACGACUCUGACUUCGAGGUUAGUGAGAGUCUGAUGAGUCUGUAUUUAGAUGAGUACGAGGAGAUCCCCUGGGACGCCCUCAAGUACCUGAUCGCUGGGGUCAACUACGGUGGUCACGUGACUGACGACUUUGACAGACGCCUGCUCACCACGUACAUCAACGACUACUUCUGUGAGGCCGCCGUCGCCGCGCCAUUCUUCAAACUCUCCUCUCUCUCUACCUACUACAUCCCCCGGGACGGGCCCCAGUCCUCCUACAGGGAGUACAUAAGCCUCCUCCCAGCCACGGAGCACCCCGAGGUGUUCGGCCAGCACCCCAACGCCGACAUCGCCUCCCAGAUUGCUGAGACCAGGACCUUGUUUGACACCCUGCUCUCCCUGCAGCCCCAGGUCACUAGUGGAGCUACUGCCGGAGCAGCUGCCGGGCCCACCAGAGAGAAUAAGGUAUUGGAGUUAGCAGCAGACGUGCUGCAGAAGAUCCCAGGCCUGAUAGACUAUGAAGGGACCAGAGUCCUGCUGGCUGACGACCCCUCACCUCUCAACGUGGUCCUACUGCAGGAGAUCCAGAGAUACAAUGCCCUGCUACACACCAUCAGGUCGUCUCUGAUAGAGCUGGAGAAGGGGAUCAAGGGUCUGGUGGUGAUGUCUAGCAGCCUGGAGGAAACAUUCCACUGCAUCUUCGAUGCCCGCGUCCCCCCACUUUGGGUUAAGGCCUACCCGUCUUUGAAGCCGCUGGCAUCGUGGACCAGGGACCUGUGCCAGCGCGUGGAGCAGUUUGCCCGCUGGGCAGAGACGGCCCACCCCCCUACCCUCUUCUGGCUCUCUGGCUUCACCUUUCCCACUGGCUUCCUCACCGCUGUGUUACAGUCGUCCGCACGUCAGCACAGCGUGUCAGUGGACACUCUAUCCUGGGAGUUUAUUGUUGCGACAGUGGAUGACAACAACCUCCUUUUCCCACCCAAGGACGGGGUGUUUAUCCGGGGGCUGUAUCUGGAAGGGGCUGGCUGGGACAAGAAGAACUCCUGUCUGGUGGAGGCUAAGCCAAUGCAGCUGGUCUGCCCCAUCCCCACCAUCCACUUCAAACCUGUUGAGAACCGCAAGAAGAUAGCCAAGAGUAUGUACUUGUGUCCAUGCUACUACUUCCCAGUGCGUUCGGGUGAUGGGGGAAGACCCUCCUUUGUGGUGGGGGUGGACCUGAAGUCUGGAGCUGUGCCUUUUGACCACUGGAUCAAAAGAGGAACCGCUCUGCUCAUGAGUCUAGACAACUAAGUGGCUACACACACACACAGUAUACACAACCUUCAUGCACAUCUCGGAAUCACACUGUAUUAAUGAAUACAAUAAUCUUAAGUAAAACACAAACAUUCUCCACCACAUGCCUUUUGAAUAGUCAUUUGAAUAUUUUGUAUGUUAAUUUGCAUCAUUCUUGUUAUUUAUGUCAGGGUAUUAUUUGUUUAAAUAUAUUCAAAUUUCUCCCAAAAAAUUACUGAAAUGAUAGUACUUUAUUCUAAUAUUUUUUAAUAAUUAGAAUAAAAUAUGAAUUAAUUAACUGAUUUUGCAAAUAAAAUAAAUGUUGAUUUACUCU